AAAAAGUACGGACGGGAAAAAUAACAAAACAACAAAAAUCCAAACUGUUGGAACUAAUCAGGGCUAACACCCGUGUAGCCAGUGGCCAAUUUGUGGGCGUCAGUGGCGCAAAAAAUUCCCAACAAGUGUGGGACACGGUGAGGGGGGAGCUAAAUGCAUGCGGAGGUGCAUGCAAGACCACUGAACAGUGGAAGAAGUGUUGGUCGGACUGGAAGGUUGCAGUGAAGAAGCAACAAAGUGCCUACAACAGAUUCAAAAAUUUUACCGGCAACCGUCCUGCCAGUGAAGGACCGAAACCAUGUGAAGGUUUGGAUGCGGAGGUAUUGGAGUUAUUUCCAGCAGCAGUCCUUGAUGGAGAUGGUAAAACAAUUGAAGCCGGAGUCCAUGAGGAGAACGUGGAUGAGACACUCGAAGACGAGUACUUGGCUGAAUAUCUCAUCGAAGACGAAAUGCCAAGUACGUCUAAGGCCGCUUCUGCUGAGAAGAAGUUCAAUAUCUGCGCAUCCAAAUCGACAUUUCAUUCAUCGCUGCUAGAAGUCAAAAAAGAACUGUCAGCUCAGAACGAAGUUCAUAUGAGAAAAUUAGAUGAUAUUAUUAAUAUACUCAAGGAAAUGAAUUCAAAUAUUUUAACAUUAAUAAAUAAAAUACAAUAA